AUGUCGGGCAAGAUUGAAGUUCCAUUGACCACAGCGGAACGCCUCGAGCAAUACAAGGAAAAAUUCGGCGAUGCUCUUCGCCACCCCGAUUCUCCCGAUUGGUUCAAUCGCGAAUACAACGAAAAGCUCAAGAAGGAACUUCUCUGGGCUGCACCAUAUGACGCUCGUUUCCCACAGGUUCGCAAGCAGCGUCAAUGCUUCGCAUACUACGUCGAUUUCCACCGUUGCAAAGAGUUGAUGGGCGAAGACUACAAGCCUUGCAAGUUCUUCCAGAACGUCUACAAGGAUUUCUGCCCUGGAUUCUGGGUUGAGAAAUGGGACGAGCUCGUUGGAGAAGGACGAUUCCCUGCCAAAUUCGAUCGU